UAUCGCCCCUUAUUAAAGGUAUUAAUUCAUGCCGAGAUCGGAUUUUGGAACUUUACAGUUUAUUACAAAAACAGUAACUUAAAUAACCUUAGAAAACAUAGUAACAACGUCAUUUCUGGUGUGCACUUACAGACAAAAAUAGCCAUCAGCACUCAUUCUGCAAUAGGGUUUAGCCUAAAACAUGUUACUAUUAGGACACAUGGCUGUUCAAACGAGAACACAGGACGAUAUUAACCUGGUAACAGAAACCGAAGUUUCAGAUUCCAGUAUUUGCACUCAUCCUCAGAUGUGUCCUAGCAGCUUACAUUCAAUGAAAGAGCAAUUAUUCCGCGUGUUAUUAACAUUUGGAAUGUUGAUAUGUCUCAUCAGUACUGCAGUGAUGAUAUCCUACAUAAGUUCUCAGAGAGUUCUUAUUAAUCACCUAUUGGCAGUUGAGGAAUCGAGAUCAGAUUCGACCAACAUCCAGGAUCAUGUCAUUGGCAAAGACGAUUAUGUAACUCCUACUACAGAACCAAAUACUUACCGAGGCAAAGUUACAUAUCAGCGCUGGGGGCGUGCGACAUGUCCACCAUUUGCGGAUUUGGUUUACAAAGGUUUCAUGGCAGGAGGUGUUGAGGGCUUUUCUGGUGGUGGAGUAAACUACUUAUGCCUUCCCGAACAACCAUCAUAUGGUUUCACCGUGCCUGACGUCCAACUUUACAGGGCUCCAAUUGGAGCGACUGAGUAUCGCUUGGGUCAGUUAACUUUUACACCGAUGGCCCAUCUACACGCAGCAGAUGUUCUGUGUGCCGUUUGCCUUGCAAAUCGAAGUGCAAUAUUCGUCAUGCCUGCCAAAAGCACAUGUCCAUCCGACUGGACUUUAGAAUACAGUGGAUAUCUUAUGGGUGCCAGGGAAGACAGAAAAAGAGCCGAGUUCGUUUGCGUUGAUGGAAAUGCAGCGGGUCGUGAAGGUACUACAAAUGCCAACACAAACAUAGCAACAAGUCAGAUUUUCAUCGCAGAGACUCGCUGCGUUGGAGGAACUACCGGUGGAUUGCCUUGUCCACCAUAUGUGAACGGGGCUGAAUUACCGUGUGCAGUUUGUACAAGAUGAAUGUAGGAUUA